AUGUCUCCUUUGUACCGGGUUUUCCUCUCCCUCUCCUUUUGUUCUGUUGUAACCUUUGCUAUUACAACGGAGCCUUAUGUCCUUCUGGAACAAGGUUCCGGGUUUAUAGGUCUCGACCCAUUGGCCUCCGAUCAGCUCAGUCCCCCCGCAAUUGACAGUUCCCGCGGUGCAGUCACUCCUUCUGAGCAGGAAAUUCCUUGGCCGGAUGUCCAAAAUAUGUACCCAUUUGCAGCCCAAGCAGUCACUGCUUUGUUGAUGGUAACAGUUGCGCAGCUGGAGAGCAAUGCUGCAGCGGCAUUUGCAUUCCAGACACACAAGACUGCUGCUCAACCACCGAACACUGUCUUCCGGGCGAUUAUUGCUUUAUUCACGAAAACAGAGUCCGGUGCUGUCCUCUCGGGAAAAGUUGCUUUCAGAUCAAGGGAGAAGUGGCCUUAG